AAUCCAAUGGCUGCGAUCAUCUUUCCAACCUUAACACCCCCAUUGGCGCUCCCUGUUUUCCCUCUCCUCAUUUGCCAUCUCUUCUUACAUCCUUAUCCCUUUUAGGUUUUUACCCUAACAUCACAUCCCCUCUCCUUCCCUUCUUCUACCAAAAAGCUUUCAUCUUUUCAUAUGCCCAUUUCAUGACUCUCUCAUACCAUGCUUCUUGUUGACCCCUUUUCGGAGAUUUUAAGGACACCCACAGUUGGGGUUCUUGUUCUUGACAUGUUGCUGCUUCUGGUUCUUGUUUCAAUUGCUUUCUUUAUCGGGAUUACGGUUGGAUGGUCAUGGAAACCCACAUGGGUUUCCAACUUUGCUAUCAAGCAUCAAACAGUUGGAACCAACAACGUUGAUUUGGGGUCUAGUAGCGUCGAUAGAAAGAUGGAUAAACAGCCCUUUAAGUUGCAGCCAUCCAUGGAGAAUCCCAGUUGCAGUUCAUCGGUUGUUAAAAAAGAGAACAAUCUUCUUACAGAUGGAGAUUUGAAGCAUCUAUGGCACCUUGUUGAGAAGAGAGAUGGAGGUCCUCCUUGGAAGCAUAUGAUGGACCGAUCAACGGCUACAAUGACCUACCAAGCAUGGCAAAGAGAUCCCGAGACUGGUCCUCCUCAAUAUUGCAGCAGAACUGUUUAUGAAGAUGCCACACCUGAAUUGUUAAGGGAUUUCUUUUGGGAUGACGAUUUACGUUUGAAGUGGGACGAUAUGCUUUUACAUGCCACGACCCUGGAAGAAUUUCGCGACGUAGGAGCAAGUGUCGUGCAUUGGAUACGUAGGUUCCCUUUCUUUUGCAGUGAUCGGGAAUACACGAUUGGCCGACGGAUGUGGGAUUUAGAGGGAUCGUUUUACUGCGUGACAAAGGGAGUGUCCUGUCCGUUGGUCCCAAGGAAGCAGAAACCACGACGUGUUGAUGUUUAUCAUUCAAGUUGGUUCAUCCGAUCAGUGGGAUCAAAGAAAGGGAACAACCAGCCUGCAAGUGAAGUGGUAUUCUUUCAUCAUGAGGACAUGGGCAUCCCUUGGGAGAUUGCAAAAUUCGCAGUAAGCCAAGGGAUGUGGGGAACAGCCAGGAAGGUCGAGCGAGGUUUUCGUUGGUACCAAAACGAGAGAAUUUGUUCAAAGACGACAUCACCUCAUAUAGCUAUGGCUGAAAUGAGCACCAAAAUCGAUCAAAAUUACCUGGCUCGUUUAGAGUCUGAUGAAGAUCACGAUGUGGCAGAGACCGAAAUGGUGGUCCAGCAAGAAAAGCAGGGAGGGAUAAACUUGCCGAAGCUCCUAGUCAUUGGUGGGGCGGUCAUCCUCGCUUGCAGUCUUGACCGGGGGCUAUUGACGAAGGGUGUCAUAUUCAGGGUCGCAAGACGGUUUGGAAAUGUAGGAAGACGAUUUCCACCAACACAGUUAUGAAACCGGUGGUAGAUGGUAUACGUACAGUGUCUAUAUACAGUCAUACAGAGCGGAGUAAUGUGUUAUUACUUAAUGUACUUGUGAUGAAUUGAGAUAUAUAAACAUAGUUAGCAAUCUUUUCUAGUCAAAUAUGUUGCUUUCUGAAUACACAUCUAACAUCAACAUUCGUUUGUUA